AUGGAGUCCAUUAAUGGAAGCGGAGUCUAUAUAAGGGAGCUGGAGGCCCUAACUGGACACCACAGAGAGGGAAAUAUGGCUUCAAGUCAUGGCAAGUGGGUGGUCGUGGCCAUCUUCCUCGUGGGCAUGUGCGCAUCACUGGUAAAACCAGGUUCUCAGAUUGGUGGUGCUGUCAUGGCUACAGCUGCUGCAGAUGACAGCGGCGCCGCCAUGCUUCAGAGGUACCAGAGAUGGAUGGCCAAGUACGGCCGCGUGAACAAGGACCCCAGGGAAACGGCUCGUCGGUUCCUCGUUUUCAAGAAGAACGUGGAGUAUAUAGACCUCGUGAACGCGCAGAAUCGGUCGUAUAAGCUCGAGGCGAACUGGUUGGCGGACCGGACGGAGGAGGAGUUCGGAGCCUUCAGUGGCGGUUUUAGACCCUCCUCCUAUAAGGGGAAUAAUAAGAGGUCGACGUCUGGCAGCACCUCCAGUUUCAGGUAUUCAGGUGUGAGGAAUGUGCCCAUGAGCGUGGAUUGGAGGAAGAGAGGUGCAGUUACCCGCGUCAAGAAUCAAGGUGACCAUUGUGGCUGCUGUUGGGCCUUCUCUGCUGUGGCAGCCAUGGAAGGGAUUAUCAAGAUCAACAGCGGGGAUCUGAUUGAUCUGUCGGUGCAACAACUGGUCGACUGCGACUUCUAUGAUUAUGGGUGCCGUGGGGGACAAAUGCGCAACGCCUUCGAAUACGUCCAAGAGAAUCACGGCCUAACUGUGGAGUUAGCCUACCCUUAUAGGGGCGUCGACGAACCAUGCAGAGAGCCGUCGCCGAAAAAUGCCUCGAUACUUGGCUAUGAGGAUGUGCCGGAGAACAAUGAGCAGGCACUGCUUCAGGCGGUGGCGAACCAACCGGUGUCGGUGGCCAUCGAUGCAAAUUCAAGGGACUUCCGGUUUUAUUCGUCCGGCAUCUUCACCGGCGAAUGCGGUACCACUCUCAACCACGGGGUUGCGGCCAUAGGAUAUGGGGUCGGCCGGAAUGGCAUGAGGUACUGGAUUGUGAAGAACUCAUGGGGAACACGUUGGGGUGAGAAUGGAUACGUUAGGAUGCAGCGUGAUGUAGAAGAGGAAGAAGGAUUGUGUGGGAUUGCCAUGUCUGCCUCUUAUCCUGUCACCAACUAG